AUGUAUGAAUAUGUUGGCUGCGCCAUGGACUCGAAUGGAGCGUUGCCUCCUGUCCUCCUCGCCCGGGCGCGCAAGCUCGCGGCCGAGCACCAACAGUUGAGCGCCGCCCUAGCGACGGAUUUCGACACUACCACCGCGAAGCGCGCCGGAGAGAUCUCAGGUGUCGCCUUGGCACUCCGAGAAUGGGAGACCGCGAAAGCGUCCAUCUCCGAGCUCACGGGGCUGCUCCAGUCCAGCGACGAGGAAAUGCGUCAGCUUGCUGAAGACGAGCUCGAAUCUACGAAUACACAGCUCGCGACUCUGGGACACAAUCUCCGUGUAUCCCUUACGCCGAAGCAUGGUUUUGCGGCGAUGCCCUGCUUGCUAGAAGUUCGACCUGGGCCCGGCGGCCUUGAGGGCCGAUUCUUCGCGGACACGCUCGUCAAGAUGUAUCAACAAUAUUGCUCGCGGAAGGGCUACCGGGCGCGACUUGUGAAAUACGAGGUGUCGGAUAGCGCGGGAGACGCUAGCGGCUCGGAUGGUGAAAGCCCGCUACAAGAAGCCGUGCUUGAGGUUCAGGACACCGGCGCAUACGAUAUAUUCAGAGGAGAGGCUGGUAUGCACAGGGUUCAAAGGAUCCCUUCAACGGAGAAGAGUGGGCGGACACAUACCAGCGCGGUUGCGGUAUGGGUUCUACCGUCGUUUCCCGAGAAUGAAAGUGAAGAGAGCGCAGACUUUAGCGAUCCGGAGAGCGAUUUCUACAUCAACCCGCAGGACGUGCGCACAGAGACCAUGAAGGCACGGGGAGCGGGUGGCCAGCACGUCAACAAGACGGAGUCAGCUAUUCGCCUCACACAUAUACCCUCUGGGACGGUUGUCAGCAUGCAAGACUCACGGUCGCAGCACCGCAAUCGAGAGUGGGCAUGGAGGUUGCUGCGGUCAAGAGUUGCUCAGCAGCGCAAAGAAGCAAGGGAGGAACUGGCACACAAUCUGAGGAACAGCGUGCUUUCAAAGAGCCAGGUCACGCGAGGAGACAAGAUCCGGACCUACAAUUACAGCCAGGACAGAUGUACUGAUCAUCGGAGUGGUUUGAACGUGCACAAUCUGCCGAAUGUUCUUGUUGGGGGAGAAAAGCUUGAUGAAAUCAUCGACAGUGUAAAGGACUGGCUUGCUGAGGAAGAUAUCCAAGCUGUGAUUGCAGAAGAGGAAGCCGCUGCGAUCGAGGACGAGAAGAAGGGGAAGAAGUAA